GAGAGAGAGUGAGAGAGAGAGACCCCAUGACGCGCAGUCUCUGGAGACCCAUGGAGGGAGACGGCGGGUAAUCCCAGGGAGAAGGAUCACUCUAGCCAUGCGCCGCGGAUAUUAAAAGCCUUAGACUAUACUACAUGCCGGUGGGAUCGACUAAGUGGGUGGAUAUUUGGACAUAACACAGGAAUUGAUCCCUUGACGCGCAGAAUGAACCGCGAAAGGGACAGAUGGGACGCGGGCAAACCGGCGACUUUGUUGGCAAUUUUGUGGAAUCCACGUAGCGUCACUAUGGAGCCUUUAUCUUCUCUGAGCUGCUCAGAAAGCCUUCGUGUCUUCACAGAGGUGAAGGAAGUUAAGUGAGCUGAGCUUGUAGUAGAAUGGUCCUCCUCGGCUGGGACUCUGAGGGAAGGCGAUGGCAGCUUUUCACCACAGCAACCCAACGGACAGGGACAUCAGGAGGGUUCUCCAAAAACUUCUAAUCAUGCUCUCUCUGGGAAUAAUCUGUGUCUCUCUUUUCUACUUCCUCGCGGGAUGCUGCGAGUCCGACAUAAGGGAAAACUCCAUCUCUCAAAGACCCGCCAGUGAGUUUCUUUUAUCAGGAUGGUAUCAUGACAGAAACGGGACGUUGUAUAAGGACGUUGUAAUGGUACAGAAUGAAGAUGGAUACCCAGUAGCCGGCGAGAGGAGCACAAUAACUCCGGUUUUGGAGACGAAUAACUCGGUUAAAGAUUUGAUGGCGACACGGCGGUUACCCCAAGCCCUCAUUAUAGGGGUAAAGAAGGGUGGCACGAGGGCUCUUUUGGAGUUUCUCAGGCUGCACCCGGACAUCCGCGCGCUGGGCUCUGAACCGCACUUCUUUGACCGGCAUUACGCACGAGGUUUGGACUGGAGUAUGAUGCCCAGGGCCUUGGAUGGCCAGGUUGUCAUGGAGAAGACUCCACGUUAUUUUGUUACCGUGGAGACCCCGGGGCGUGUACACUCCAUGUCGCAUGACGUGAAGCUGAUUGUGGUGGUCCGAGACCCUGUGACCCGGGCCAUCUCUGACUACACCCAGAUCAUCUCCAAGACCCCCCACAUCCCCGCCUUCGAGACCCUCGCCUUCAAGAACCGCACCAAUGGUGAGAUCGACUCUCUGUGGAGCCCUCUAUGGAUCGGACUGUAUGCCCAGCACCUGGAGCGUUGGCUGGCCUGGUUCCCCCGGGCACAGAUCCAUCUGGUCAGUGGGGAGGGCCUCAUCUCCGACCCAGCCGGAGAACUAGGAAAGGUCCAGGACUUUCUGGGCCUUCAGAGGAUUGUGACGGACAAGCACUUCUACUUCAAUAAGACUAAAGGUUUCCCCUGCCUGAAGAAACCGGAGGGCAGCAGCAAGCCCCAUUGCCUGGGGAAGACUAAAGGCAGGACACACGCCUCCAUUGAUCCGGAAGUGAUCCAGAGACUGAGGGAGUUCUAUAGGCCGCACAACCAGCGGUUCUAUCAGAUGACUGGCCAGAACUUUGGAUGGCAAUGAGGACUCAGUAGGGAUACCAAGGUAAAACAUGCAUCCAGAGUAACAAAGACACUCAGGCAUGGUUCACAGGGACAGGGACAGACAUUAAUGCCAUUUUGGACAUGCAGGACAAAUCUAAUAAGACCAACUACAAUCCACAGUAUGUGCGCUCUGAUUACAACCUCAUUGAUGCCCAAAGCGAAAGAGUACACUUUCUACUCAAACAGGCAUAAAUCCUUCUCACAAAUCGAUUUUCAUACUGUUAUCUACACCUCCAUUUUCUAUAAUCAAGAAAAUAGAAAUUGGACAUAUGAGCUUGUCUGACCACCAUGCUUUACCACUGCCAACUGCCAACUGCCAACUGCAACUGCAACUGCCAACUGUCAGAAUCUCCUAAAAUACCCACAAGAUGGCGUUUCAACGUUUCUUUCACACAAAACCCUACAUUCUGUAAUCAAUUUGAAAUUGAGAUAAAUGAAUUCAUAACGAUCAAUAAAAAAAAUUGGUCGAUGACCCCAGGAUUCUAUGGGAUGCCAGCAUAGGUUUUUGCUGAAGAUAAUGCAUUUGUAUCUGUUUUGAAUAAAUCACAAUCAAAAAGAGAUAUUAGAUUUGGAAAUGUUGUGCACUUUUAGAGCAUUCUAAACAAACACUAUUUCCAGACCAGGUAACUAUUACUUUUUCCAAAGUCAUGACAGAACUUUGUUUAUUGAUAAAGACAGAGUGCAGAACUUGCCUUCCAUCGAGUUCGAUUCAACCAGUACUUCCAUGGUCCCAUUCGUUUACUGGCUGACAAGCUACGCAGUAACAAACAAUUAGCUGACAAAGCGGCUAUUGAAUCUGAAACAGUGAAAUUACUAUCAGAACCCAAAUGAAUCAAUCAAAGAUUCUUCCGCUUUUAUAAAUAACUGUACACCUCUGAUUAUAAAUCCACACCAAGUUCUUUAUAAAAAAAAUAAUGAAGAACUCUUCUCUCAACAGAGAAAGACAACUUGCCCGGGAUCCCAAAUCUCUCUCAAUGAACUGAAAGGGGAGUUGGAUGGCAUGAAUAAAGGCAAACCACCUGGAUGGGUGGUUAUUCCUCCUGAGGUCUAUUUAACAUUUUGGAAACAAUUAGGUCCACUAUUGCUUGAAAUGUUGAAUAUGUUCACAAAGGGUUCAUUUGGAAGAGAUGUAAACACAGCACUAAUUUCACUUUUAUUAGAAAAAAGGUAAGGCUGCCACCCAUUGUUCUCAUUAUCGCCCACUAUCUUUGAUCUGCAUACAGAGUAAUGACAUAGCCACAUACUGUUGAUACAAUGUAAUGACAUAGCCACAUACUGUUGAUACAAUGUAAUGACAUAGCCACAUACUGUUGAUACAAUGUAAUGACAUAGCCACAUACUGUUGAUACAAUGUAAUGACAUAGCCACAUACUGUUGAUACAAUGUAAUGACAUAGCCACAUACUGUUGAUACAAUGUAAUGACAUAGCCACAUACUGUUGAUACAAUGUAAUGACAUAGCCACAUACUGUUGAUACAAUGUAAUGACAUAGCCACAUACUGUUGAUACAAUGUAAUGACAUAGCCACGUACAGAGUAAUGACAUAGCCACGUACAGAGUAAUGACAUAGCCUAAUACUGUUGAUACGGAAGUGGCUCUGUGCUGGGAACUAAAUCCAAUGUUUAUAGACCUCUGGGUAGCGAGGGAGACAAUGCAGAAAGACCAGCUCUAUGCUAGUUACCUUUCAGUAUCUAAUAGAUGUUCAACGAAAGUAAGAAAGUGGCAUUGUUUGAAAACACCUGGCGUUCUUGUCUUAGAUACACGGUUGCCCGCCAGGAGUGAAGGACAUUGUUAUGGGAUGUGUAGUCUGCAGUGCAGGCUGAUGUGUAGUCUGCAGUGUAGGCUGCAGUGGAGGCUGCAGUAGAGGCUGCAGUGGAGGCUGCAGUGUAGUCUGCAGUGGAGGCCGAUGUGUAGUCUGCAGUGUAGGCUGAUGUGUAGUCUGCAGUGUAGGCUGAUGUGUAGUCUGCAGUGUAGGCUGAUGUGUAGUCUGCAGUGUAGGCUGCAGUGGAGGCUGCAGUGUAGUCUGCAGUGAAGGCUGAUGUGUAGUCUGCAGUGUAGGCUGAUGUGUAGUCUGCAGUGUAGUCUGCAGUGUAGGCUGAUGUGUAGUCUGAUGUGUAGUCUGCAGUGAAGUCUGAUGUGUAGUCUGCAGUGUAGUCUACAGUGUAGGCUGAUGUGUAGUCUGCAGUGUAGGCUGAUGUGUAGUCUGCAGUGUAGUCUGCAGUGUAGGCUGAUGUGUAGUCUGCAGUGUAGGCUGAUGUGUAGUCUGAUGUGUAGUCUGCAGUGAAGGCUGAUGUGUAGUCUGCAGUGAAGGCUGAUGUGUAGUCUGCAGUGUAGGCUGAUGUGUAGUCUGCAGUGAAGGCUGAUGUGUAGUCUGCAGUGUAGGCUGAUGUGUAGUCUGCAGUGAAGGCUGAUGUGUAGUCUGCAGUGAAGGCUGAUGUGUAGUCUGCAGUGUAGGCUGAUGUGUAGUCUGCAGUGAAGGCUGAUGUGUAGUCUGCAGUGUAGGCUGAUGUGUAGUCUGCAGUGUAGGCUGA